CUUCAGAAUCUUUAGACCAUAUAAAAGCGAAAAAGCUUCUGCUUUUCUAAAGCCUAAUCGAAUCAAUUCAAUGGUGCUUCAUUUUGAUCUUCUUUUCCUCCGGCUUCUUCUUUGUUCCUUCUAGGGUUUCAUCCUCCUGCAAUUCCUGCGAGUUUUUUGGGCGAAUCCAAACUCUCCAGAAUCAUCGGAUUUGUUUCUGACUUCAUUUGUUAGAUUCUGUGGUUAUAAAAGGGAUGCACACAAUAUCUUCACAGUUUUAAUUGUGAACAUUAGAUAGUUGACGACAAAUGUAUAAGUGACUGGUUAGGUGAAAAAUGUACAUUUGAGAGGGUGGUUAAGGAGAGUGGUAUUUAUUUUAGUUAACAAUGGAAACCACAAGGCGUUGGUUCAACAAGUUUAAAUCAAAAGAUAAGUUAAAGUCUUCAAAGACAAAGGAAGCAACAGGUAAUUUGAAAGAAGGGUCUAAAGCCCCAACAAGUGAAGAAGCACCAUCUAAUGUAACCAAACAACGGGUAGCAGCUGCGAAGCAGUAUAUUGAAAACCAUUACAAAAAGCAGAUGAAGGACCUCCAAGAGAGGAAAGAGCGACGUAACAUCCUCGAAAAGAAGUUGGCUGAUGCUGAGGUCUCUGAAGAAGAACAAAACAAUUUACUGAAGUAUCUAGAGAAGAAGGAAACAGAGUACAUGCGUCUCCAGCGGCAUAAGAUGGGAGCUGAUGAUUUUGAGCCAUUGACAAUGAUAGGAAAGGGUGCAUUUGGAGAGGUUAGAGUCUGCAGGGAGAAGGCAACUGGCCAUGUAUAUGCCAUGAAGAAGCUUAAGAAAUCAGAGAUGCUUCGCAGAGGCCAGGUUGAACAUGUCAAAGCUGAGAGGAACUUACUAGCAGAAGUUGACAGUAAUUGCAUUGUUAAAUUAUAUUGUUCCUUCCAAGAUGAAGAAUAUCUAUACCUUAUUAUGGAAUAUCUGCCUGGUGGAGAUAUGAUGACUUUACUAAUGCGCAAGGAUACACUGACUGAGGAUGAGGCCAGAUUUUAUGUUGGGGAAACUGUCCUGGCCAUUGAAUCAAUUCACAAACACAAUUAUAUUCAUAGAGAUAUCAAACCUGACAACCUGCUGCUGGAUAGAUAUGGUCAUAUGAAAUUAUCAGAUUUUGGAUUAUGUAAGCCUCUAGAUUGCAGUAAUCUCCAGGAAAAGGAUUUUUCUAUGGCAACCAACCUAAGUGGGGCCCUUCAGAGUGAUGGCCGUCCUGCAGCACCAAGACGAACACAACAGGAACAAUUGCAGCAUUGGCAGAGGAAUAGACGGAUGCUUGCUUAUUCUACUGUUGGUACACCUGACUACAUUGCUCCAGAGGUUUUGCUGAAAAAAGGAUAUGGAAUGGAAUGUGAUUGGUGGUCUCUUGGUGCUAUCAUGUAUGAAAUGCUUGUUGGAUUUCCACCAUUUUAUUCAGAUGAGCCAAUGACAACUUGCAGGAGGAUAGUAAAUUGGAGAACUAAUCUAAAAUUUCCAGAAGAAGCAAAGUUGUCUCCAGAGGCAAGAGAUCUUAUCAGUAAGCUUUUAUGUAACGUUGAGCAGAGGCUUGGCACAAAAGGUGCAGAUGAAAUUAAGGCCCAUCCAUGGUUUAAGGGUGUUGAAUGGGACAAAUUAUAUCAAAUGAAAGCGGCAUUUAUUCCAGAAGUCAAUGAUGAGUUGGAUACUCAAAACUUUGAGAAGUUUGAAGAGAUUGACAACCAAAUGCCAACUACAACAAAAUCCGGUCCAUGGAGAAAGAUGCUUUCAUCCAAGGAUGUAAACUUUGUGGGUUACACAUAUAAGAACUUCGAAAUUGUAAAUGACCAUCAGUUACCUGGGAUUGCUGAAUUGAAGAAAAAGAGCACAAAGCCUAAGAGGCCAUCCAUCAAAUCCCUGUUUGAAGACGAGUCAACUGCAGCUGCCAGCCAACCUGUUCAAGGGAGCUUCUUAAACCUCUUGCCACCCCAACUAGAAGCCCCUGAAAAUCAGAUCAAAAAAUGACAGCAUCAAUUUUUCUCAUACUAAAUGACAUGAGAUGGCCUGAUUGGCCUCAAUUACCAAGACAAGGAGGCUAUCUUCUCUGGUGAAUAGAUUUUCUUUUCCCACAUCUUGCAUUCCAUAUUUUUAGCGUGUUGGGAGAUAAAAGCUCCCUCAACAGAUGGUCUGAGACGUUGAUUGAAGGAUCUUGUUCUUUUUGUAAAAUGAUUGGGAUGGUAUAUAUUCUUUGAUAUUUGUUGUCUAAUUUUACCCCCAUGUAAUUAUUUACAUAUUUGUCUGAUUGUUCAUCGGUGCACAGUCUACAGAUAGGGAAGUGGUUUGUCCUCUUAUUAUUGAUUGGUUGUAUUUUGUGAGGUAAACUUAAAAUUAAGGAUAUUGCAGUUUUCUUGUAAUGAUAUCUCUUCUUAAAAGACUAUAUGGUUUCUACCAUAUUUUUAUCAGGUUUUAGGGCUAUGAAGCAGAAAGAUGGAGGGAUAACCUGCUCUGCCCAUAUUUUGUGUUAUAAAUGUAAGCCAGAUUU